AUGGGAUGGCACAGGUUGGGGUCUAUCGGCGCCGAGAAUCGGGUCAGGGUUCUGCUAUUGAACUUCGCUGGAAAACCAAGGCGAAAGCCCACGGUUCAGAUCGCCACCCCCAUUGAAACUCCCAGGCGCGAGGACAACAGCGACGACGGGGGCGCGACUACCGACACAUUAAAGGCGUGCUACGACAUGAUGUCUCUUGUUCCUCGAUCACACAUCGGGCUGAGGGGGGUUCAUGCAAGAGGGCGACGGGCGAGACAUUGUCCGCCAUGCAAGUGUGGCAAAGCCGAGUGCGUGGCGAAGCUGGGGAUGAGCCAUCGCCUCGUUUCAUCGGCCCUGCCGCCGUCGCGCGAGGACGUGGUUAUCAUUUCAAUAGCCUCCUCCUCGGCCCCCUUCUAA